AUGUCUGGUUCAUACCAUCAUCCGUUCCCCCCAGUCCUUCCUUCUUUUUCUCAAACUUUUCCCGACCGUUCGCGCACGCGUGGACAAUCUUUUUCAACUCCACGACGCACUGAGCGAGACCACUCACACUCAAGCGCUUCUUUAAGCGCUUUCAAUGGUUCCGUCCAAGAACCUGGGCGUGGUACUUUUGUACUCCCCCCUCUGCGCGCUGCUGGGGCCUUGCCUUCCUCUGGACUCCCUGGAGUGCAUUCUUCCGGCGAAAAUAGGCAAUAUUCGCAAAGCGUUCCUGCUACGCGUGCAACGUCACCGACUCAAGUAGGUCGCAAACGAUCGCAUGAGAUGGCUAUCCGGCACGAGUCUUCAGCUGAUGAGGGAGUGCGCCAAGAAAUACCAUUGCAGUCCCAAGGCGGGUGGGAGGUGACAGCUGAAGUCGACCGCCACAAGGACCGAUCAAAACCUCGCGCGCCGAAGUCUCGAGCACCGCUUGCGAACGUCGACGAGCAAGAUCUCGCUGAUGCAGAAGAUGAUGAAGACGAAAGACGAAAGACCCACCGUGCCAUCAUACGUGUAAAAGUAGAAGACCGAGAUGACCCUACGGGCCGAGCUGCGGACUUUUCUGUAGUCUCUGGUCAAUCUUAUCGCUCUCGCCACUCCUCUUCUCCGUCCGGAGCGUCUCUACGACGCAUGUCCACCUCCACAACUUCAACUUCUUUGACGCCCUACGAUGUCCCAUCUCCGUUGCGGGUCCCCUCCGAGAGCAGUGGGGAAACAGCUCCCUUCAAUGCCAACUUAAACCCUCUCAAUUUGUCUGUACUAUCGUCCUCUACAGCGACUUCUGGAAUCCCAAAGAAGAGGCGAGUCACUGUUAGCGGUGCCUCCAUUCCCUCCUCCACGCGAAGCAUGUAUGGUCAAAUGUCCGCAGCUGUGAGUCCUAUCUCUCCUGCCGUUAUUGGAUUUAGUGUUCCGAAAACGCCUGAGGCCGUGAACCAACUCCGAAACGCUCUUUCGUUGAAGCACCAACAAAAGGCCCUCAUUGAGGCUCGCCGGUUUAGCCAAAGUGUGGGGGCGACGCCUGAGCCUUCAAUCGUCGGUACGGCAUCUACCAGCAAAGCUAAACGGGGACGCCCUCCGAAGCGCAGUGAGAGCCAAGUAAGCGGAACUGCCGCAAGCCCUGUCUCACCUCUAGGGUCUUCAGACUUCGCGGGAACUACCGCCUCCUUCACCUCCUUCACCACCAACCUUGACACUAACUCACGAGCCUCUUCUCCUGGUUCUGCAUGUAAUAUGGAACAUGAACGCAGGCAUCCGACCUCAAGCACUCCGAUUAUAUCGCCCUCAACCAUGGAGGCUGCGUUAGAUGUGGAGAUGGAACUGGAGACUGAUUCAACUCCAUUAUUCAUGCGACGUCGCCCAGAGGGAGACAACGGAAACCCUUCCCGGAGCGAAGAGGCUGCUGGGGGCACAAUCCACUCCGAACAGCAACCACCUUCUCGAAAGGGCCGUUCAAAUCCGAAACUGACGUUAAGGACAGACACGGGUCAAUGGCCAUCUAUGGAAAAGAGUGGCCCCCACAUCGCUUGGUCCCAAAGCACCGAGGCUCUGAGCCGCGAAAAUACUUCGCUUCGCAGUGCGCCCCCGACCUCGACACCAAAUCACCUGCAGUUCCGCGAUGUCGAGGCCUACCAACCCCCUGGAGCUUCGUCAGGUGUGGGUUUCAGUUCACACUCAAGCCCUACUGAGCGCAGCAGUGUGUCUGCCGGAACGCAGAGGCGCCCAACGUUGAGUUCGCCACACUUUCAUCGCCAAUCGGAUGCACACCUACAUGUCCCUCGGCCCCAAAAUGCCAGUUAUGAUGAUGCAAGUGGCAUGCAACAACAAAGCCAUGGGCCACGGCCUGUCCCGCCGUCGAGGACAUCAAGCUUCCAUUCCCAAGCGUCUUCGGAGCACCUCCCAGCCUCUGACCGUUCACCUUCGUUUGUCCAACUCGAAAGGCGUCAUCCGUUCUCCCAGUCUCAUGGACAACAAACGACUCCACUUGACUCCACCGCAACCGCCACUACUUUCGCUCGCCCACCAUCCCAACUCUCGAUGGGACCGCGACAACAUGGACAUCUAGCACCCCUUCCAGACACUGCCUUGUCCUCAUCUCGCAAUGGCGGGGGCGCUGCCGGAACCGACGAUCUCAUCAGUAAAAUCACCUUUAUGUCCCUGUUUGAGGGCGUCUAUGAUUCUAUGGUGGAUGCCAGACGCAUUCGCGCUUGGAUCGACGACCAACAAAAGCACCAAGCUAGUGCCUCUCCACUUGAUGAUCGAUCUGGUUACGUUCGGGAGCAGGACGUAGCUCGUAUUAUUGAGGAAAAACUGCAAACGGUUCGAGAGGAAGCUAGACACGAGAUCGACUUCUUAACAGGGCGCAUUCGAGAGCUCGAACUCAGAUUGGAGGCCAUGGCGUUGGAUAUACCCUUUCUCGAUGACGAUGGAAAAACACCUAAACGACGAUCACCCACCAUUCUCAUGGACUAUGAUCGUGACAAAACGCCUGCGCCAACGGACAGGCACACAGUACAAAAAUGA